CUAGAUUCAGCGGUCCUCUAUGACGCAGUAUUUUUGUUGUAUGAGGCAUUAGGGACUCUAAAUGCAAGAUAUAUUGAAAAUAAAAUAGGUAUGUCCAUUGAUCCAAUACAACUUUCUUGUAUCGAUAAAACUACAAUGUAUGAAGCAGGGCCUAAUAUUAUCAGUGUUAUGCAAGAGAUAUCAAAGAAAGGAAAGAUAACAGGCAUUGUGCACAUUGAUGAAUAUGGUCGUCGACAAUAUUUUAAUAUAAAAAUCUUGAACUUUCAACAAUCGGGUGUGAUACAAAUGGGUUAUUGGGACUUUGAUGGUAUACAUGUCACACAAAUUAAGGAGGAGAAGGAUAUCUAUUUACAGAGAUUCAUAGAAGAAAAAAUAUUCAAGAUUAGCAUAAUCAUAAAAGCACCCUACAUUAUGGAAAUAACCAAUGGUUCAACGCGUGGAGAACUAAUUGAUGGGAAACGCUAUGAAGGUUUUUGCAUCGAUCUGAUUCAUCAUAUCGCAAAUAUUCUACGCUUUAAAGGGGUAGUUUUCCAAUUUGUAACUGAUGGAUAUGGCUCUUACGAUCCACAAACGAAGACCUGGCAUGGUCUAAUUGGGAGCAUUUUGAAUCAUGAAGCCGAUCUUGCUAUAUCUGAUUUAACUAUAACAUCCUUCCGCAAAUCCGUUGUGGAUUUCAGUUUGCCUUUCAUGACCUGGGGUUACAGCAUUGUGUUUAGCAAACCGGAAAAGAAAACGCCACCUUUUUUCCCUUUCUUAUUGCCUUUAUCUACAGAAGUAUGGCUGUACAUAGUUACUGCUUAUCUCGUCGUAUCGAUAACGUUAUUUAUCCUGGCAAGAAUGGCACCUGAUGAGUGGAACAAUCCGCAUCAUUUAUGCAAUGCUGAUCCUGAAACACUCGAAAAUAAUUUUAACUUCAAAAACUCGUUCUUCUUAACUAUUGGUUCUUUUAUGCAACGACAUACAAACAUACUGCCCAAAGCAUCAUCUCUUCGCAUGCUUGCAAGCAUGUGGUGGUUCUUUACUUUGAUCAUAUACAGUUCAUAUACAGCGAAUCUAGCCGCUUUUUUCACUAUAGACAAAUUGGACAUACCUAUUAAAGGAUUUGAGGACUUGCCCAAACAGACAAAAAUUAAAUAUGGUGCAAUACGGGGUGGCUUAACAGCAACAUUUUUCCAAAAUUCGAAUUAUUCAACGUACAAACAAAUAUGGGCUGCAAUGGCAAACUUUAAACCAAGCGUAUUCACAUUAAGUCAUGAAGAAGGCAUCAACCGAGUUCUCAACAGCAAACGACAAUAUGCCUUUCUCAUGGAAAGUGCCGCUAUUGAAUAUAAUACGGAGCGCAAAUGCAAUCUAAUUCAAAUAGGCAAUAUGGUCGGAAACAGAGGCUACAGCAUUGCUAUGCCACGCAAUUCUCCAUACAGAACACAUAUUAACCAUGCGAUCCUGAUAUUAACAGAGAGAGGUAUACUGCAAAACAUGAAGACAAAGUGGUGGAAAAAUAUGGGAGGAGGUUUAUGCAAAAAAGAUGAAAUGGAAAAGAAUACAAGCACAUACGAAUUAGGGAUGGCAAGUCUCGGAGGUGUAUUCCUUGUUCUAAUAUGUGGUUGCAGCGCUUCGUUCUUUAUCGCAAUUUGCGAAUUUCUGUGGAAUAUACCUAAAGUCGCUGUGACAGAGAAGAUCACGUCGUGGGAAGCGCUAGUUGCCGAGUUGAAAUUCGUCGUGAACAUCUUCGCAAUAAAGAAACCCGUUAAAAUUGCCAAGAGCAGCAACAGUAACAUAAGUUCCAGAGAGGGUGGACUUGAUAGAGCUGUAUCCAAGGCUUGA